CAUACUUUAAUCCCGUCACCUCAGCCAUUAUAUCAGUGGUACAGAGUCAGAAGGUAGUGACAGAGUCUGAGUAUGAGAAAUGAGAAAGAGAACACGAAAUGAAGCUAACAAGGAAAACCCUGAAAUGAAAGGGAGCAUGAUGGAAGAACUGGCAAAGGAAGAGUUGGAGCUGCUUGAAGCCCAAUAUCCAAACCAGCAUGAGUAUCUAAAACAUGAACUCAAGUCCUUCAUCUUUCAACUCCAGACCAAGAACCUCGAUUCUGAACUUCUUCUGGAACACAACCACUGCAACAACCACUUUGUUUUCCUUGAUACCGAAGAAUCCACAAGCUUGGAGGGGCAAAAGAAGAGCAUUGACUGUGGUUUAGAACCUGCUUUGGGAGACAGAGUAGUGACUGAGGGGGAGAUUAGCGAAAGUUCUGAGCUUGAAACUCCCAAAAGUAACGUGAUGAAGCACUCCUCAAGCAGGAAGAACAAGAGGAAAGAUAGGGUGGAUUUGGUUCUUGAGAGGGCACAAGUUUGUCUCAAAAAAAUCAAACACUUGAAGACAUUCUUACUUUCUUCCUUCUGAAGUUUGGACAUAAAUGUUUUUGUUUGACUCAUGUGAACCUGGUGUUAGAAGAAGGUGACAAGAGAUUUUUUGAUGCUGUCCAUGUUGUUUUGCUGUAAUUGGUUGAUAUAGCGCAUAGCCGUUGUGGGUUUUGUCUGGCGAUGGUAUCAGCACAGAGAAUGGUUCCAAGGAUUCUUUUGUGGCUGUUUUAUGCUUUUUGCGAAAAUAUCAAAGUUGUGAAUUUUCUGUGGUGUAAAGGUGCAACCGUGGACAGAGGUAGAAUAGAAUGAGUCAGUAUCCAUGUUGCAGUAUACUUUAUCAAAAAGAAAGUCUCCUUUUUUUCCUCUUUAGGACUAGACAAUCUUGAAUUAAAGAAUCAGAAGGGCCAAAUUGUGACUA